AUGAAGAUGUGUACUUUUCAGGCUAAUAAUGCAACCACAAAUGCUGCUCCAAUACAGACUGCGUGCGGGACUCCAGAUUAUUGCCCUGAUGUGCCAGAACCGGGCCCACCUCACCAGCAUCAAUGGCCACCGUCCCGCGAAGGAGGUGGGAAAGCGGCGAAAGUCGACCGGAGGGAGGCUGCGCUGAUGAAGUUCAGGCAGAAAAGGAAAGAGAGGUGUUUUGAUAAAAAGAUUAGGUAUGUGAAUCGGAAAAAGCUAGCCGACCGUAGGCCCCGCCUGAAGGGGCAGUUCGUGAGGAAGACGAAUGGGGUUUGUGUGGACCUGAUCGGGCUUCCGGGCUCGGAUGACGAGGAUGAAGAGGAGGAUUAUGACGAGGACGAUCGAUUCUAA